UGUUGGAAUUAUUAUAUUUCAGUGUAAUCAGUUAAAAUUAUAACCGUGAAAUUUAUAUUCAGUUUCACCUUGGUUUACCGAUAAGUGUGAAGAAAAGAAGCGUGCAGAUACUUCGUCACGUUUAGAAGUUCAAAACUACUAUCAAGAUGUCUUGUAUAAACUUCAACGAAGUGAAAUUAUUCGAGGAUACGGAUACGGACACUAACAUAAUCAGGAGUAUCAUCGACAAGGAGCAUGAUACGACGCAGGAACCGUUCUGUAUUUUGGAUGUUGCAGAUAUGAUGCAGAAACAUAAGAAUUGGAUGUCGAAGAUGCCAAGAGUCAUUCCGCACUACGCUGUCAAGUGUAAUUCGAACCCUAUGGUCCUCAAGAUAUUGGCAGCCAUGAAUUGCAGUUUCGACUGUGCAUCCGAAGAAGAAAUAAAGCAGGUAAUGGAAUUAGGGGUGUCCGUGAAACGUAUCAUCUUCGCGAAUCCAACUAAAUGGUCUAUCCAGAUCAAAUUCGCCAAAAAGGUUAACGUUGACGUAAUGACCGUGGACGGAGAGUUGGAGAUUCUCAAGAUUAAAGACGUUUUCCCAGAGGCAAAAAUAGUGAUUCGUUUUCGUUGCGAUGCUAAGGGUUCUUUAGUAUCUCUUGGAACGAAAUUUGGUUGUGAUCCGGACGACGAAGCGGUUCGAUUGAUACAUUUGACGAAAAGCCUCGGUUUAACGUUAUGGGGCUUCAGUUUUCACGUUGGUAGUCCUUGUGGCGAUUUGAGCGCUUACAGCAGAGGGAUUGAAAUAUGCAAAAAAUUAAUGGGCGUUGCUAAAUCGAUAGGUUGUGAGAAUGUUCAAUUGAUCGAUAUUGGUGGUGGAUUUUCUGGUAACAGAGAUUACUGUAUCGAUAAAGCUGCCAAUAUUAUUAAUGAUGCCAUUAAAGAUAUUGACCCUAGUAUCAAGAUCAUUAGUGAACCAGGACAAUAUUAUGUGACAUCGGCGUUCACUUUGGCGUCGUACUUGCACACGAAGAGAGUUGUUUCCAGCGGGGAGAAAAUGAUCAGAAUGUACUUUAUGAGUUGCGGAGUGUAUAAUUGCUUCAUAGAGGAAUUACUGAAUUUAAAGGCAAGACUGCCUGUUCCAUUAGAUAAGCCAGCAAGCGACGAGAAAUUCCCUUCAUCUGUCUGGGGUCCAACUUGUGAUUCUUUGGAUUGUAUAUUGAAAGAUGUAAUGUUACAAGAAUUUCACAUUGGUGACUGGUUAAUCUGGACAGAUAUGGGAUCAUAUAGCAUAUCUGUUAGCUCUCCAUUUAAUGGUUUCAAUGCACCCAAAAUAUAUCCAUUUGCGAGGAAAAGUCAAUGGAAAGAAUUUAUUACUUUUGUAAAUUCUAUGCAAAAAUCGCAGAAGUCGACUGAUUGGUGCAAUGGAGUGGAAAAUGGGUUCAUUAAAACCAGCUAA